GCAGUAACCCGUCAGGCUAUGGGCUUACCUCAGCCACAUCAACCCGGAAUUCAAUAUGAAUAUUUUCUUACGCAGGCCUCUCUAGAGACAAUUAUUCAGAGAACUAGUCGAAAAAUUUGGGGAAUUUUUCACGAAAUUGGAACCAUUAAGUAUACUGGACAUGUUUUUUUUUGGAAAAUUGUUACAUAAAGUUUUUGGGUUUGGUUGGCAAAUGUGUGCAUGCUGCUGUGAUUCCCUCUCACAAUAUUUGGUUCAUAAUCAUUAUCAAAAACGGUAUUCCACUCGCGUGAGACCCUCCUCAGGAGCCUUUGCUCCUCCUCAGGAGCCUUUGCUCCUCCUCAGGAGCCUUUGCUCCUCCUCAGGAGCCUUUGCUUCUCCUCAGGAGCCUUUGCUCCUCCUCAGGAGCCUUUGCUCCUCCUCAGGAGCCUUUGCUCCUCCUCAGGAGCCUUUGUUCCUCCUCAGGAGCCUUUGCUUCUCAUCAGGAGCCUUUGCUCGUCCUCAGAGUGAUCCCUUCGCUGGCAUUUCCUUCCAGGGACCCCAACUUGAAAACCAUUAUGCAACCCCAAAGCCGCCGGAAUACCAAGAAUUUGUAUGUAAACCGGCGGAAGUUUAAAAUGCCUCGUCCUUCUUGUUGCAGAUGUCCCUCAUCACACAGGAACUGCCUGACAAGGAAAGCUUACGUCGUAUGCUUCAUUUUACUAUUCUGUCAGAAUAUUACACAAAUGUAUCACACCCGCAAUCUAUACCUAUUCUUAUAUUUAUAUGUUAUAUAUUAUAUUUAUGUGUUAUA